CCAGGACCGAGAGCCUGAGAGUGUGGACUUAACAAAACGAUGCCCAGCCUAACGGCCGAGCCACUCACCACGCAGCGCUUCAUCAUGGACAAUGAUGAGGGGAAGAGAAACAAGAACAUUGGAAAGAACUUCAUGUGCAGACUGCAGUGCAUGUUCUCUCACUCGUCCGGCUCCGAGAGCAGGCUAAGUUUAGAAGAUACCCAACAAUGGUCACAGUCACUGGAAAGGCUUCUGGAGUCUAAAUAUGGAAUGGCAACCUUUCGUAACUUCCUCAAAUCUGAAUACAGCGACGAGAAUAUCGAGUUCUGGCUCACCUGUGAGGACUACAAGAAGAUCAAGUCUUCCUUCAGAAUGUCCUCACGGGCCAAGAAGGUUUAUGAGCAGUUCAUCAAAGCAGAAUCUCCAAAAGAGAUCAACAUCGACUAUCACACCCGGGAGCAGAUCAAACGCAACGUGAAGACGCCCACCACGCACUGCUUCGACGACGCCCAGAAGAUCGUCUUCGGCCUGAUGGAGAGAGACUCGUACCCACGGUUCCUCCGCUCGGACAUUUAUAGAACUCUCCUGGAAAACCUCGCCGCCGAUGCCACGAAGGGAUGAAAGCACAGUCGGGUGGGAGAGAGAGAGAGAGAGAGAGGGAGAAAGAGAUGGAAAGAGAGAGAACGGACAUGAAAACCCAUAACUGGAAUGUUUGAGCUCCUUCCAGAGGGAGGGCCGACAACGAAGGCAGGACGGCGAGUCGCCCGGCGCGGCACACGGACACGCACAGAGGCCUCGCCCCUCGCCGCCGGCACUAGACCCGGACGCUGACCGUGUCUUGUAGUCACAGGGAGGACCCCCCCACUGAGCACCCCAGAAAAAACGCCGCCGGCCUCACCACCCUGUAGCGUGCACCUUGCACCGGAUGAUACGUGUGUGUGUUCGUAGGCGAGCUGAGCACUUUGUGAACGAUUCAGCGGCGCCCGCUAACGCUCGCCACCGACCGUGGAGCCGCCUGAGCUCCUUCUCUGCUGAGGUGUUUCCUGUGCAGAUAAAAGAUUGAGGAUGUGAGACUGUGUGACUGUUGCACACGUUGCAUGUGUGCGUGUGGUGUGUGUGUGUGUGCGUGUGGUGUGUGUGUGUGCGUAUGUGUGUGUGUGCGUGCGUGUGUGUGUGUGUGUGUCUAGUUGUUUGCAUUUAACUGCCACUGACGCACGAUGAGCUGUCACAGAGAGAACCGGCCGAGGCUCCAGAGACAGAAUCAAACCCACGGCGAUGGGAGGAGCCGCUCAGAGUCACAUGUCAUCCUGAGCGAAGCAGAAGGUCACUGAGUUCUGCAAGAUGCAUUCUGGGAAACUUCAAACGGAUAUUUUUUACCAGAUCGGACUGAUGUGAGGUUUUAAAAACUGAGGCUGAAGUUUUCUUUUACUCUUAAGCUUCCUGUGGGCGACACCUUUGUGCAAAUAUUGUAAUAUCUUUAAAGUGGCAGUAUUCAAACAACAAAAGUAAAAAAAAUAGUUAAUUUAGAGCAAAUUAUAUUUUUGAAUGAUAACAAAACAUAAUCGUGCACUUUUUUUGUGUUGAAUCUGAAUCUGAUUGUGCGUCACAGCAUCUACACACUGACGGCCGGUGGUGUCGGAUUUAAUUCCUCAGACUUCUGGCCCCAGUAUAACAAAAAACUCCUCCAGCACCGAAGUGUCGACCGUUGUGAUGUUAUUGAAUAAACUACGAGUGGAGAUGUAGUAGAACUAGUAUCACAGAUGCAUGAUGGGAUGUUAAAGCUCCUCAUAUACCCCGGAGCAUGGGCCUUAUUCCCUGCUUUCCAAACCAUGAUGUUCCAAUGUGUUCUUAGGGAGUUCAUAGUUAAUUAACUUAAAAAAGUUUCCUUAUUUAUUGUUGCUUGUCACCAUUUGAGUUCAAACUCUGUUGCAGUGCUGACGUGCUUAUUCAACUGUUCGUGAUUUGAACGACAUUAAAUUAUUUAAAAUCGCUCACUUUGAAGUAAGUGACCUUUAUUCUUCACGCCGCGGCUCUUUAGCGCUCGCUGCCGCGGCUUCAGUGUCGUGAUCUGUUUAAAGACGACAAGUGAAAUAGAUCUUAAACACGGCGUCAGAAAGAAGCGAUGGGAUGUUUGCACAGUGAUCGUCUGCAGCGUGUUUAAAAAGUUUCACUCCAACGCGUCGGGAUGGAAACACGGAGGCUGUGCCAAGUUCUCGUCGGAGGAGGAGGAGGAGGAGCAGUUAUCUUCACUUGUUGUGGAGAAGCAGCCGACGGCCGGACUUCACCCUCCGUCCUACAAGUGACAGGAUAUAUACGUGUGUGUGUUUUUAAUGUUGCUUGUGGUCUCUCAUAUUCAAACAUUUCCAGCAUUUUAAUCAAUAAAAACCAGAAAAAAGCAGUAAAUCAGACGAAUAUUAAGAAAACUAUUCUUAAUAUAUAUUCUUAAUAGCUUUGCUCUGAGUUGUAAUCUGUGUUUUCAAACGUUAAAGGAAAUGAAAUCAAAGCAAAAAACGUAUCCGAGUGACAUGUGACUAAGGAUAUUGGUGCUCGCAGUUUCCUGUUUAUUCUGUGGACUUGGAAGUGAAGUGCUUGGAGUGAUAUGUGCUGCUUUAAAAAACAGGAAGGCCCAGACUUCCAGUUUCUUAUGAAAUCAGUCACUGAUGGGAGAAAUGAGAUGUUCUCUGUUCAACAGAAGGAUGUGUUUUUCUCUUCAGCCUUUCAAAUAUGAAUAAAUGGAAUGGUUAGUU